AAGGCUCCCCUCCCCGCGGUCCCCCACACUCUUACCGCCACCUGCCCCCCCCACCCCCGCGCCCGCCUCUCUUCUCAGCGGUCACUUAGCUCCUUCUAUAGAAACGCCCUUCCCCCACUCUAGUCACCCACAAGGCGAUGAAUCAGAUUACCUGUUCCACUCUUAUCAGCGUAAGGAAACCAAGCUCAUAAGAUUGACGAAACUUUGCUAAAGAUGUCUAAGCAACAACCAACUCAGUUUAUAAAUCCAGAAACUCCUGGCUAUGUUGGAUUUGCAAAUCUUCCCAAUCAAGUUCACCGAAAAUCAGUGAAAAAAGGUUUUGAGUUCACACUGAUGGUGGUUGGUGAAUCGGGUCUAGGAAAAUCGACUCUCAUAAACAGCCUAUUCCUGACUGAUCUCUACCCAGAAAGGAUCAUCCCUGGAGCUGCAGAGAAAAUUGAAAGAACUGUCCAAAUUGAGGCUUCAACUGUUGAGAUUGAAGAGCGAGGGGUCAAGCUGCGCCUGACAGUGGUGGACACGCCCGGCUACGGUGACGCCAUUAACUGCAGGGAUUGUUUUAAGACAAUCAUCUCCUACAUUGAUGAACAAUUUGAACGGUACCUACAUGACGAGAGUGGUUUGAACCGACGACACAUCAUUGACAACAGGGUGCACUGUUGCUUCUACUUCAUUUCACCCUUUGGACAUGGACUUAAGCCCUUAGAUGUGGCAUUUAUGAAGGCGAUACACAAUAAGGUGAAUAUUGUGCCUGUCAUCGCAAAAGCCGACACCCUCACUCUGAAGGAACGGGAGCGCUUGAAGAAAAGAAUUCUGGAUGAAAUCGAAGAACAUAACAUCAAAAUCUAUCACUUACCUGAUGCAGAAUCAGAUGAAGAUGAAGAUUUUAAAGAGCAGACUAGACUUCUCAAGGCCAGUAUCCCAUUCUCUGUGGUUGGAUCCAAUCAGUUGAUUGAAGCCAAGGGCAAGAAGGUCAGAGGCCGCCUCUAUCCGUGGGGUGUCGUGGAGGUGGAGAACCCAGAGCACAAUGACUUUCUGAAGCUGAGGACGAUGCUCAUCACUCAUAUGCAGGAUCUCCAGGAGGUGACCCAGGACCUUCACUAUGAAAACUUCCGCUCCGAGAGGCUCAAAAGAGGCGGCAGAAAAGUGGAAAAUGAGGACGUGAAUAAAGACCAGAUCUUGCUGGAAAAGGAAGCUGAGCUUCGCCGCAUGCAGGAGAUGAUUGCAAGGAUGCAGGCGCAGAUGCAGAUGCAGAUGCAGGGUGGGGACGGCGACAGUGGGGUUCACGGGCACCACGUGUAAGAAAACACAUGGCAAGAUAAAACAUUCGGAUGAGUAACAGAGCUGCGUGUUUUCAGGAGAUCGUUGAAGGGUGCCCGUCCACAUUUUACAGUACCUGUGCCUGAGAAUUUAAUUUUUUUUCAACUUUUGAUGUGUUAUUUUGUAUGAAGUACUUCUAACAUUUGUAUUUCAUUGCUAUGUUAUACUUUAUAUUUUGUGAGGUGAACUUCCAUUUUCAUUUUUCUUCCACCUUUACUAACCACUGAUGUUAGCAUGUAUAGUUAAUAUUGAAUUUUUUUUAUUUGGCUGGCCUGACUAAUCGUUGAGGAGCACUCUUGAUUUUUUUCUAGAACAUUCAGAUUUACCCAGAAUGUUCCUGAGUGGUAGAGACACGGACCUAGUGAUACAGACCUGGUGCAAGGCCAUUUAUUCACCAAGUUGCACCAUGUGGAGAUUCUUCACUUCUUUGCUUUUGUUGGAGCACAACACCUAAAACCAGUUUUGCUGCUGUAAUUCAAUACUGUUCAUUCAUCUGCACAUUUAUCUGUUUACCAAAUGAAACAGAAUCGAAUUAUCUAAUGAGAUAUAUGUUUAUACUUAACUUUUUUAAAAACAUGCUUUUAGAGGUGAAUUUUAAGAAGUCUCUGGAUUCUGAAGCUAGGUCACUUUUUAAACCACUGUACAGAGAGAGAGCUCGCCACAAGCCACUCUUUGCAGCGUCCUCCACUGAUCCUGGCUCGCCUCCGCUUGAGAGAUCAAAGCAUCCACGAGCUCCGGUUUUCUUGUUACAACUGAGGUUCUUACCUACUCAAUAAACUUUUUACUCAAAUUAAAAAAUAACUUUUUAAGAAAAAUUAACAAUUGAUCUAUUCAGAAACCAACUUUUUAAUAUUUUUAUACUGCACUUUAAUGUAUUUUUCAUAACUGCGGGUUUAGAAGAUCUGCUUCAGCAGUGGAAAUCAGGGUCCUUUGGUGGAUGGGCCUCUGAACCCAGACCUGUGAUAGGCCCUGAGGCCUCAGUCCUGAAGCCCAAAAUGCCAACAGGUUUUUCCAGUUUGACUUUUCCUUCAACUGUUUUCUUUUUGAAUGGUUUUCUGAAGGGAGGCAAAUAGCAGCGAUCGUUUUUUUAUGUGCAGACUUUCUCGUCUAUUUUCAGCCUCUGUCAUUUCCUUCAUUAUGUGUAAUACAGGUUUCUCUAUGUAUCGUGUAAGAAUGAAAGACAUUUCAAACCUGCACCGGAGGCUGGUUGACAGGUGCCACCAGUAGAAGCUGCACCUGAUCUGCUUUCUGUGCUCUGUGGCCCUCACCCUUCCCUUCCCUCCUAAUGUGUCUUCGUGUCUUGCACUCUGAGGGGCGCUGAUGCUCCAGAGGUUGCUCCUUUCAACAUUUCUACUGACGUUGGGGAAUUGAUUCCCAGAAAGUGACAAAUGAAAGGAGACCCGGAGGGAGCAGGUGCUGGUUCAGUAUUUUCAUUUUGCUAAAACAGGAGGAGUUGAGCUGGAGAAAAUGCUUAAUCCAAGGAUGAGGAGGGUUUUUGUUUUGUCCGGACAAAAAAUGAGAAGGUAAAAAUACAUUCGUUACAAAGGUGUACUACAGAAAAGUAUCAGGUGUUAUUGCUAACUUUGCCCCUUUCCUGUUGCAUAAUUGUGAAUAGUCAGAAAUUGUAGGGUUAGGCACAUUGUGCAAAGUUUUUACCAAGAAAAAGUGUUCUGUGACUUUAGAGCACCUCCAUGCAAGGCCAAUUAUUUGGGUUAUUCUGGCAUUUAUUAACUAUGCUAGUAAAAGUUGACCGGGGGGGAGGGAGGCAUUUGCAAGUGGUCAGCAUAAUCCCUGAGUAUGUUCAAGUGUAACUACUGCUCAGGGCCAGCUGCCACCUAAUGAUGGUUGUGCAGGGGUGGGGGACCUACACUGUUACACUCUUAAAUCCCCUCUUGUUUUGCUACCCAAAUCUAAAUAAAUACUUUUGCUAAUAAUUGCUCUUUUACUAAGAGAGAAUCUUUACCUAUAGAAAUGUAUUUUGAAAGUUACUUUACAUAGCAAUUUUGUAUCCAUUGAAACUAACCUUUUAUCAAUAAAGCACUAUUGUUUAGAUAUUAA